GGAAAAACUGACUUCUAUGGAUAACCCACCCCCACUUUCCCCAUAUGUAUAGAUUCACCCCACCUCCUCGAAAUCAGGCUGAAGACACAUUUACCCCUCCUUCCUCAUAUGACCUCACCAAUUUUCUUCUCGUAAAGGAAAUCUCUAUUUACAUCAUCUUGAACAUUUUUCACCCUCAUCUAAAAUCCUUCAUUCUCCAACUAUCGAAACGAAAAUAUCAAAAUGCCUCUCGAUGCAGAUUUCGAAUUUCUCCCCUUGGGAGCCAUCAUCCAAAGCUUCCUCGUCCCCACAAAAGACAAAUCGGUGAAUAUCGUCCAAUCAUUUCCAACCGCAGAGCUCUAUCAAAAACACAAUCAGCCGUUUUUUGGUGAGACGAUCGGAAGAGUCGCGAAUCGUAUCUCGAAUGCGAAGAUCAAUUCUCUGAACGGAAAAUCUUAUACUCUUGCGCAGAACAAUGGGGUGAAUGCUUUACAUGGUGGUGUAAAGGGAUGGGGUAAACGUGUUUGGGAGGGCCCAAAGUUGGUGGGAUUGAAAGAAAUCCCGGGGGUUGAGGGAUUGGUGGGAGGUGAAAGUGUGCAGUUUACGUUGAGGGAUGAGGAUGGCGAUGAAGGCUACCCGGGAACAUUGGAUGUUAGUGUGGUUUAUACUACUGGAAAACAACAGGUCGAUGGUAAGGAAGUCAGAGUGUUGGGUAUGGAAUAUGAAGUCAAGUUGGUGGAUGAUGGAAAGGGGGUCGAGGAAACAGUUGUCAAUGUCACAAAUCAUUCGUAUUUCAACCUCGGUGGCAAAUCGUCAAUUGAAGGUACCCAAGUCACAUUAUGUACCAACGACUAUCUACCAGUCGACGAUGGAGGUAUUCCUACCUCCGGCCCAAAGCCAUAUGAGAGCAUUACACCUAAUAAGGAAUUUACACUGGGCCCCGAGGAACCAAAUGUUGAUGACUGCUUCGUCGUAGAUGCGGAAUCUGAAUCCACUCCCCUUGAUACACGAUCCUCGCCUCUCACUACAUUAGUCAAAGCUUCUCAUCCAGACACUGGCAUCCAUCUGGAAGUCUUGAGUACCGAACCCGCAUUCCAAUUUUAUACUGGAAAAUACAUCGAUGUACCAGCAGUUGAGGGACUUGAGGCUCGAGGGGCUAGAAGUGGAUUCUGUGUUGAGCCAAGUCGAUAUGUGAAUGCAAUCAACGAGGAGAAAUGGCGAGGACAAGUAUUGCUCAAGAAGGGACAAGUUUAUGGAAGUAGGAUUGUUUAUAAGGGGUGGUCUGAAGUUUAAACAGGGGAACGGAUGGUCGAUAUCAUUGGGUGGAUUUUUUGAAGCAACAUUGCACGGCCAAAACUUAGCAUUUGACUCGGACUGACUUGAUUUGAGCGUUCGUUAGCAGAAUACCAUAGCAUAUUAGGAUUCCCAUCCCGAGUCAGAUCUGGCGGCAUGCAUGACAUGUGAGGAAUCCGGUGA